AUGGUCGUCGCACGUGCUCUGUCCACGCUCCCCCCUCGAGCUCGAGUGCGAGUCAGCAAUAGCAGUGUGCGCUCCUUUGCUUCGUCCGCCGCUACACGGAGCAACCCCACCCCACUCAACCAAGCUGCUCAGACUGCUCAGGCUGCUCAGGCUGCUCAGGCUGCACUUCCCAAAAAGGCUGGCUUGCUCCGCAAGACACUCCGAUUUACAGGCUAUACCAUCGGCUCCAUCGUCUUUGGCAUCACCGCCACUACCGUCAUCAUCCUCGCUCACGAUGCGCUAACCUACCGCGAAGCGCACGCCGACAAGGUUCCCCUUCAUCCGCUCGCACUCUCUCCUGAGCGCGGUGGUCCCAAGAACCUGCCCAUCCUCUCCUCCUAUGCCGAAGACGAACAGGACGAGAUCAGCAAGAAGCUCGCCAACAAGGAGAGACUCGUCAUCGUCGGAGGCGGUUGGGCCGCCGUGGGCUUGCUCAAGUCGCUCGAUCCUGAAAAGUACAAUGUGACACUCAUCUCGCCCAACAACUACUAUCUCUUUAACCCGCUCCUUCCCUCGGCUGCCGUCGGCACCGUCGAGCCCAGAUCGCUCAUCGAACCCAUCCGCAAGCUGCUCGCACGCGUACAUGGACACUACAUCCAAGGCUUUGCCACCGAUGUAGUCAUGGGCGAGGACAAACCCGUCUACCACGGCGGCGCCCAACGUCUGCUCGAAGUCAACGUCAUCAGCGGUGACGACUGGGACGGCGAAGCUCUCUGCGCUGGUGGUUUUACCAACAACGAGCGCAAGGAGACCAAAGGCAAGAGCAUCUACGUACCCUACGAUCGUCUCAUUAUCGCCGUCGGCAGCGUCACCGCUAAUCACGGCGUUCCCGGUCUGGAGAACUGCUUCCACCUGAAAACCAUCGGCGACGCACGCAAGAUCCGUUCGCACAUCCUUGACAACCUUGAAGUCGCCUCUCUCCCCACCACCACCGAAGAGGAACGCAAGCGUCUACUCAGCUUUGUCGUCUGCGGUGGUGGUCCCACCGGUGUCGAGACCGCCGCCGAGAUCUCGGACAUGAUCAACGAAGACGUCUUUGACUACUUUCCCAAAGUGCUCCGUGCUCAAGCACAGGUGCAUCUCAUCCAGUCCAGAGAACACAUUCUCAACACCUACUCGGAAAAAAUCUCCGAGUAUGCCGAGGCCAAAUUCGCUCGCGAUGCCGUCGACGUCAUCGUUAACGCUCGUGUCAAACGCGUCGAACCUGACCGCGUGCUAUACACCGUCAAAGACCCCAAGACGGCCAAAGUGCAAGAGCUUUCGGUACCUUCCGGUUUCACCCUAUGGUCGACAGGCAUCGCGAUGAGCCCCUUCACCAAGCGCGUCACCGAGAUCCUCCCCAACCAAUCGCAUCUCAAGGCGCUCCAGAUCGAUUCGCACCUUCGCGUCAAGGGCGCCCCCCUAGGCAGCAUGUACGCACUCGGCGACGCCUCCACCAUCGACACGCGACUGAUCGACCAACUCUACGACUUUGUCGAUCGAUACGACAAGGACAAGGACGGCAAACUUAGCUACUCCGAGUUUGAAACUUUUGCGCAAGCCAUCCGUCGCAAAUUCCCGAUCGCCUCGAAACACUUUAUCAAGCUGCGCGAGGUGUUUGACCAGUACGACGUCGAUCAGGAUGGACAGCUCAACCUCAACGAGAUCGCCAACGUGCUCAUCGAGACGGGCAACAAGAUGACCGCACUCCCCGCCACCGCCCAGGUAGCAGCGCAGCAAGGCCAUUACCUAGGCAACAAACUCAACAAAUUGGCCAACCACAGGGACCAAGGCGCAGAUAUGCACCCGCAUACACUCGAAGAGGUGCAGGACGUCGACGAAGAGGUGUACAAACCGUUUACGUAUCGAAACUUUGGAAGUCUCGCCUACAUUGGUAAUGCUGCAGCAUUCGAUCUGCCCAUCCCCGGUGGUAGCUUCGCAGGUGGCUUGAUAGCCAUGUACGCUUGGAGGAGUUUCUACCUCAGUGAGAGCGUGUCCAUGAGGACUCGCGCUCUGCUCUUGGGCGAUUACAUCAAGAGAGGCAUUUGGGGUAGAGAUCUCUCGAGGAUUUGA